AUGACGUUGGGUUUCCAUUCUCUGUUCCGACGGGCUGCAGCCAACCCUGCUGCUUUGAUUCGGAUUUGCCUUGACGGUAUGCCGCGCAAGGUGAGACAGGUCCUUGGUAAAGAAGAUCUAUCUGAAAUAGACUUCUUGGACCUCCCUGCUAUACCGUCGGUGUGCAAGCACCGACUGGUGUAUGUGGACGUGGCUACUCGCCUCCACCAGGAGCAAAUCAAGAGAGAGGUGAGAAAUCGUGGCGAUGGCCACAAGCCCUUCAAAACUCCCAUGCCUGCAUGUGACUUGAAGGAAGCACUUGAAGCCAAACUAUAUGUUGGCUCAAGUGUGAAUAAGCUGGGUUCGUACAAUCGGAUCCGAGAGCAUGAGGCCAUCGCCAACGGCCAUUUCAAGGCUGGAAUGAAUAUGCACUACAAAGAAACGUCAAAACCUGACGUCCUGUGCAACUUCCGACUGAUUGGCGCUUGGCAAAACCCUUAUGCCGACAAAAGCUAUGACGGACAAGAUCCGACCCGAUGGAUCGCCCCAAUGGUUGAGGGGCUGAUGAUGGCGUAUCUUGGCCUCUAUACAGAGAAGAAC